UCACUUCUUUAUUUCCCAUUUAUUUUCAUUUUUACCCCUUCUCCACCUCCCUUCUUCUUCUUCUUCUUCUUCUCUUCCCUCCUCCGACAAUUCGCCGCCCAUCGCCGCCGACUCUCGUUUCACUCUCCUCUAGGGUUUUCACUUUUCUUCAUUCGUCUCGUCUCCUUCUGCAGCAUUGUGUAUCCACGAUUUCCUUCUGCCAUUUUUGUCUCUCUUCUACUGAACUUUCUGCUCCAUUUUCAUCUUCCUCUGGGACUCUUUAUGGCGAUGCUUCUUCGUUUAAAGUCAAUCAACUUCUCUCUGUUCUUUAGUUUCUGAAGUUUCUUCUCUCUUAUCAAGGAUCGGUUUCACCUUGAUUCCGAUUUCUUUCCUUUCACUGUACAACAGUUCUUUCCGGAGUUUACAGGAUUCUCUGUUAUAAAUGAUGAAAGAACUGUCUACCACCACCACUACUACUACUACUCGGCGUGUAUCGGUGAUUUUCGCUUUGGUUAUCUUCGUCUUCUUUUUCUUAUCUGCUGUUCUUACAGAUUCCAAUAUUAUGGAUUCCAGUCCACCAAGUUUUCUUCCGUUGAAUUUGAAUACCACAACAGUUGCUCCUCAUCGGAAGCUUCUUCUCACUAGGGAAGCAACAAUUGAGGAACCAACCAGAAUUUGGGGUGAAAAGUGUACAAAAUCAGACAUUGUGAUUAACCAAGGCCCCACAGCUCCACUUCCAACUGGUAUCCCCACCUACACUGUGGAGGUGGUGAACGCUUGUGUCACUGGAUGUGAGAUUUAUGGUAUUCAUUUCAAAUGCGGUUGGUUCAGCUCGGCUCACCUCAUCAAUCCCAGAGUCUUUAAGCGUCUACGUUAUGACGACUGUCUCGUGAACGACGGCAAACCUCUUGUCUACGGUGGUACACUCUCAUUUCAAUAUGCAAACACGUACCCUUACCCACUUUCAGUCUCCUCAGUUCUAUGCAUCUGAAAUGACACGCACCAAACCAAUUAGGAGACGCUCAUAUGAAGCACUUGAAGCAGCAGCAGGUACUUUAGUCGAUUACUGAUUGACGAUGGGCCCCCCCCACCCCUCCCCCCCCCCCCCCCCCCCCCCCCCCCCCCCCCCCCCACCGGCCUUUUCUUGUCCCUUCUUUUCUGUUCUUUUUUUUUUUUUUUUUUGGGUUCUGCUUUUGCUUUAUAUGUGUGUGGCCUGUUAGAUUGGUUGUUUUUCUUGAUAGAGAGGUUUGAUUUUUAGUGUCAACGUCUGUGGUUUAAUAAUGGUGAUUGCACCACCUUUGCAUACACAUAUAAUAGAUGGUGAGUUAGGGCAAGAAAUGACAGGAACCUACUUCAUUUUGAAUUUUUUUUCUUUUUCUUUUUGGGGUUUGUGUGAGAUAGUCAUGGAGUGUAGGAAGGACAAGUGUAAAUAUACAGUUAUAUAGAAUCUUAUAGUACUGUGCUAGCUGGACAUGUUGUUCAUGAGAUCUAAAAGCCCAUUAUAUGCAGAA